GUUCACUCCUCCCUCCCUCCUGUGUGGGGCCCAGCGGGCUCCUCCGCUCUCGCGUCCCCCUCCUCCCCGGGGCGACGGAGGGUAGGAUUGUGAGGGGCAAUCAGAGGAGGGGGCUGGGAGGUCCAUGGAGACAGCAGGUCAAGGGGUAGCCCCAAUUGCCCACCCCCCAUGCACAGUGCCAUCCGGUCCCAUAGAGAGAGCAGGUCACAGCAUAGCUCCCCCAUCGCUCAUGUAGCGUCAGCGUGCUACCCCCUCGCGUGGAGACAGUGGGUCGGGGUAGCUCCCGCCAUGCACUGCGCUACCCUGCCCAUGGAGACAGUAGGUGAAAAUGCACCACCUCCAUGCUCUGUGCCCUUCCCCUCUACCUCCAGCCCCAUGCGUUGUGCUACUCUAGUAUGGAGAUAGCUUUAUUAUUUAUAUUGCAGUAGCACUUAGGCACCUCAGCCCAGAAUUUGGACCCCAUUGUGCCAGGCACUGUACAAAUACAGAGCAGAAAGACAGUCCCUGUUGUCCCAAAGAUUUAGCUCUAUGUUUAGACCUGCUUUGAACUGGGUUAGGUGACUCAGUGGUAAAAAUGCCUUUGCUGCAACAAGUUAGUAGUGCAGUGGUGAGAAACUUAAAAUGCUAGUGUCAACGUAAUCUAAGUUUAACCAGCUAACCAUCUGAUUCUCUGCGAUCGUGCUUCAACCCUGGCUUCCAAGAGACUACUACAACUACAAAGGGCCAGAGGUCACUAUGGAGACAGAGCUUCGGAACACCAUAGUCUUCAAUGCAUCCAAAAAGGAGAUUUUCACUGUCAACAGUGGUUACAAGUCCUUACAGAAGAGGCUUCGUAGUAAAUGGAAGAUACAGAGUUUAAAAGAUGAGAUCACAUCCGAGAAGCUAGCUGGGGUAAAAUUGUGGAUUACAGCAGGGCCCAGAGAGAAGUUCACUGCAGCUGAGUUUGAGGUUCUGAAGAAAUAUCUAGAAGAGGGUGGGGAUAUCCUGGUAAUGCUGGGAGAAGGUGGCGAAUCCCGAUAUGACACCAAUAUUAACUUCUUGUUAGAAGAGUAUGGAAUCAUGGUCAAUAAUGAUGCUGUGGUGAGAAAUGUAUAUUAUAAGUACUUUCAUCCUAAGGAAGCCUUGGUCUCCAAUGGAGUUUUGAAUAGGGAAAUCAGCAGAGCUGCAGGGAAAGCAGUGCCUGGGAUAAUAGAUGAAGACAACAGUGGAAAUGACUCUCAGGCUCUCACUUUUGUGUAUCCAUUUGGUGCCACACUGAAUGUGAUGAAACCAGCAGUGGCUGUUCUGUCCACAGGAUCUGUCUGCUUUCCACUCAACAGACCCAUUUUGGCUUUUUACCAUUAUAAGAACCAAGGUGGAAAGAUGGCAGUGUUGGGAUCUUGCCACAUGUUCAGUGACCAAUAUUUGGAUAAAGAAGAAAACAGCAAGAUCAUGGAUGUGCUUUUCCAGUGGCUCACAACCACAGACAUCCAUUUAAAUCAGAUUGAUGCAGAGGACCCUGAGAUUUCAGACUAUACAAUGCUUCCGGAUAUAGCCACGCUGUCUGAGCGACUACGAGUUUGUCUACAAGAGGGAGACGAGAACCCACGAGAUUUCACAACGCUCUUUGAUAUGUCAAUUUAUCAGUUGGAUACAACCUCCCUCCCUAAAGUUAUCAAGUCUUAUGAACAGCUGAAUGUGAAACAUGAACCUCUCCAGCUCAUUCAGCCUCAGUUUGAGACUCCACUACCGGCACUCCAGCCAGCUAUUUUCCCACCUGCUUUCAGAGAAUUACCUCCUCCCAGUCUGGACCUGUUUGACUUAGAUGAAACGUUCUCCUCUGAGAAAGCUCGUCUUGCGCAGAUUACGAACAAAUGUACUGAAGACGACCUGGAGUUUUAUGUCAGAAAAUGUGGUGAUAUCUUAGGGGUAACAAACAAACUCCCAAAGGAGCAGCAAGAUGCCAAGCAUAUCUUGGAGCACAUCUUCUUCCAAGUGGUGGAGUUCAAGAAGUUGAAUCAGGAACAUGAUAUUGACACAAGUGAAGCUGGAUUCCAGAAUGGUUACUGAGCACGGGCUUUUCCUGUCAGAGGGACCAACUGACCUUCUUCGCAAAAAUAUUUACCUCCCUCAGUGUAAAUGUUUUCUAUUUGUUUAUUCAAUAUAUUGACUGAGGCAUUCUUCUUUGAACCUUUGGGUGUUGUAAAUAUGUAUAAAGUCUUAAACGGGAACUUUUUUUUUUAAAUGCCAAAUUAGGGUGUUGUAAGUGGCAAUAAUUUUCAAAAGCUUUUUAUGUAACAAACAUUCUGUAUUUAAUCUUUUCUAUUUUCUUAUUGGAGCUAUAAUUCUGUAAUCUGUGAAAUAUUCUUAUACUAAGAAAAUAUUUCAUUCCAAACCCUA